AUGGGCGGCAAAAGCUGCAAGUCCUACUCUAUAACCCGUAGAUCCGCCUCGCAGGAGGCGCCAUCUACCGGCAGUUCCUCAGACCAAGACUACAUAACCGGCGUAGUGUGCCAAGAAUCGGAAAUCUCCGAUAACCAGAUGAAGUUACUCGAGUUAAAAGACGGAACGGAAACGGAAGUAGGAAAAAUCCUGUUGAUAAAGCAGAAAGGUCAGUUGCACGCAAUAGGAACCAAGUGCACGCACUAUGGCGCCCUUUUGCACACGGGAGCUCUGGGCGACGGUCGAAUUCGCUGUCCUUGGCACGGAGCUUGCUUUAAUAUCAAAACCGGGGAUAUAGAAGACUAUCCAGGGUUAGAUUCGCUUCCGUGCUACAAGGUGACCUUGGAACAAGGUCAAGUGAUUGUCCGUGCUCGCCGAAAGGACCUUGAAGCCAACAGGCGGCUCAGAACUGCGAAUUUCAACAGCUGUUCCGCGUCAAGGUCAGUUGUGAUCAUCGGAGGGGGUCCAGCUGGCGCCACCUGUGCUGAUACUCUUCGCCAGGAAGGAUUCGCUGGAAGGAUUUUGAUGAUCUGCAAGGAACCAGUGUUGCCUUAUGAUAGAAUUAAGGUUUCUAAAAUAAUGGACUUUGAUGUGUCCAAAUCGCUGCUGAGGAACCAGAAUUAUUACGACGAGCACAAUAUUGAAACAAAGCUAGAUGUCGAAGCGGUGGAACUGGACACUGAUAACAAAACAGUGACCUUAAGUUCCGGAGAGAGGAUUAGUUACAGUUGCGUGUUCCUAGCAACUGGCAGCAAGCCCAGAAUGCCGUCUGUUCCAGGAACCGAAUUGAGCAACGUGUUCCUGGUGAGAACUCAAGAAGACGCUGCUAGGAUUAACAGCCAGUUGUCUGAGGACAAGCAUGUCGUCGUUCUGGGCCAGAGCUUCAUUGGAAUGGAAGCUGCGGCUUAUUGCCAGAACAAGGUGGCAUCUGUAACAGUAAUUGGAAGAGACACUGUUCCACUUCGUGCUGUCUUUGGUGAAGAGAUUGGAACCAGGAUACUCAAGGAACAUCAAGCCAAGGGGGUUAAGUUCGUGUUUAAUAACAAUAUCGCCAAGUUUUUGCCAAAGGAACAAAGCAAUGACCUUGGAACAGUGGAACUUACAGAUGGAACCAAGUUACAGGCUGAUGUUGCUAUUGUGGGCAUUGGUUCCAGUCCGUAUACAGAUUGGCUCAAAGGUUCCAAGGUUCUGAUGCAAGAUGGCGCUGUGGUUGUUGAUGAGUUUUUGAAGAGCAGUGUUGAUGAUGUCUACGCUGGAGGAGACAUUGCUUAUGCGCCUGUCUUUGUUUCGGGAGGUGCUAAGGCUGCUAUUGGGCAUUAUCCGCUGGCGCAUUAUCAUGGGAGGAUUGCUGCUUUGAAUAUUUGCCAGAAGGUGGCGCCUCUCAAGGCUGUUCCGUACUUUUGGACUAAUUUGUUUGGAAAGAAUUAUAGAUAUGCAGGUCACGGACGUGCUUCAAGCGUUAAAAUCUACGGAUCUUUGGAAGACUUUAAAUUCUUCGCUUACUAUUUGAACGACGGAAAAGUAAUAGCGAUGAGCAGCGCCGGAAGUGACCCAAUUGUUUCCGACUUCGCCGAGUAUAUCUACGAAGGAAAUGUACUUACCGAGCAGCAGAUCGAGGACAAUCCUAUCGGGUGGAUGCGAAACAAGCCUGUAGAACUUUUGCGAAAUAUAUUUAAAGAUAAAUUCGAUUCGCUGAACAAGUCGUUUUGUAAGGGUAUUGGGUUACGGAAGGAGCCAAUGCAGAGAAUAUUAAAAAAAGAGUUCCAUACGUUAACCCAUAAGCACAUUAACAGUCACAAAAGUUGUACAAUGAAAUUUCUACACAAGUUUAUUAAAUUAAGACUUUUCCGUCCUAUUUAA